CUCUGGGCCAGGCUGCUGCCAGAUGACAUGCGCUGAUCAGCCAUUAUAAAUGCCUCAUGAGCGGCCCAGCACCUGCCUCCGCCUCGCCUCUUGGCUUAUAUUUCCGCUUCGCAAGCCCUCCACCGUCCUUGCCUCUCGCUCUCCCUCGCCCGCUUCAACAUUCGACACCAAGCCUACAAACUGCUGCUCUGCCAUCCAUGAGUGCUCCCAAACCGCCAUACCCUACAGCCGACCCCGGCUUUCUAUCUCGCCUGACCGAAAGGCUUGAUCGAUACGUGCCCGGCGGCAUAAAUCCUUAUAUUGACGAUAUUGUUGCUGUGCCAGCGCCGCCUUCGCCUUCGCCUUCACACUCCACGGCUUCGACUCUCAGUCCUCUCGUGCCUUCAAGCUCGCCCGAGAGCUCUAUCAACCUGGAUGAGACCCCGACAUACAUCUCGCUCUUCACCUUCGACGACAGCGUGCCUCAGACCAUCAACCCCCUGCAGCUCAAUGCCCCAAUGUCGCUCGCCAGCUCCCGCCCCAUCUCCAUGUCGGCAUGCGCGGCCUGCCGAGGCCAGUCCCACAUCCACACCCACUCCCACACCCACACCCACACCAACCUCGCCCACUCCCACUCCCACAUCCACUCCUAUCCCCAUCCCCACUCCCACUCCCACUCCUAUCCCCUGCCUGUUGCCCACCCCCAUGCACUCGGCUCUCUCCAGGCACCCGGUUUGAUGUCCCAAAAGACGCUUCCGGCCUCGUCGCUGCACUUCCACCCCAACCCGUCCAUCCACCCCCUCUCGAUCCACCACCCCCAAGCCAUCCUCCGGUCCGAUGUCCACUUGCCGGCCCGAGACGACGCCAUGUCGAUCGAAUCGGCCAGCCUCGGGUCUCCAAACCCCUUCAAGAUCGGCACCUCGCCCGAGACAUCGCUGACGGUCGAGCGAACCCCCUCGGAGCUGUAUGGCGGCAGCGGGCCGUUCUUCCUGACGCUCGGGGACAUUGGAGCACCGUUCAGCAGCGAUCUGGAAGCCUACGAGAUCGGUGGCUACUCUGCGAGCGAUAUGUCGUCGCUGGCGUAUGGCGGGGCGUUCCCGAUGAAUGUCCCUGUCAUGGCGACCGCACAGGCACCGACUCCGAUGACCACUCCGACCCUCACUCCGACCCUCACUCCGGCCACGGCGACCAUCAAGUCGGCUCGUGACGGCCAUCAUCAAUCCGCCGAAGCCCGACACAGCCAUACUGCGGGCGCAUGCAGCCACCUGGACAACGAUGGCGGCAGCCGCCCAUGCAGCCAAUGCGCGCGCCUCAAGUACAUGAGCCGUAUCGACAGUUCCCGCAAGGAGCGCAAGCGGGGCGCCAUGCGAGGCUCCCACAUAUCCACGACCAAGAGGCAGAGCUUCACUGUCGACCGCACCUUGGCGUAUCUCACCUCCAGCGACUGCUCCGAAGGCGAGGAGUCAGAGUGCUGCUCCGACCACGACGAACGCCCCGUCUCCCACCGCAAGCUCUCGGUGGCCUCCCUGGGCUCGGUGACCUCUGCCGGCGAAGACGAAGCCUGCUCGAUUGGGUCCUCGCCACUGAGCCAGCUGCAGGACGACAUGGUCUUUGGCCUUGACGACCCCUCGAGCAAGGCUCACGGCCUUGGCUUUGGCAGCAACGAGGACUUUCUUUUGUUUUCCGAUCCCGUUGUUGGUUCGCCGUACAUGGCUGACUUGACCGAAAUGAUGCUCGACUAGGAACCCGUGUUGGAGGAAGUGAGGCGGAUGGGGGUGGGUGGUUGAGUUCUCAUGGCGCUCUGGUCCGCUGUGACUUUACCAUACCCACCCUCCACCACCACAGUAUCGCCCGUCUUGGCGGCCGAUGUUUGCCUCAUACCCCUUCCCUCCUUUGCGCUUCCCUCCUUUGCGCUUCCCUCCUUCGCGCUUGCCUCCUUCGCUCCUUCGUUCUAACGCUGCCUGCCUGUCUGUCUGCACACCCAAGCCAAGCUUCCAGAUAUCCUUCUUGAUGUACCCUAUUAUUUAUUUGUAUGUAUUGACUCCAUUGUAUCGACUCCAUUGAACCUCUCUCUAUCUAUCUCUCUCCGAUCCCCCAGCCGUUUUGACUCUGUAAUUGGGCUGGGCUGGCCGCUUAUCUCCCUCCAAUGUAUAUGUUCUGCACUUUGACCGUGUCUCUCCCUCCCCCUGUAUCCAUGCAUCCAUAAAAUACAUUUACAGCGUAUCCACCAAAAAA